UCCUAAUUCUCUCAACCAAAUACUCUAUAUUCAAAAACCCCCAGCUUUAUUCUUUCUGUAAUCAAUACCCAUAUCCCAAUUUGUCAUAAUUUCUAUCAUCUCUUAAAUUCAGAUCAACCCAAUUCUCCCCUGUUUAAUGGAUUGGUCUAGGCCAGCUUCAUAAAAUGAUCAAACCCUUUGACUCUUUUAGUGGGUUUUUCUUGACCUAUGUUUUGUGUUGAAUUUAGAUAAUUUAAUUCAUGGCGAUUCAAAAAGAUCGAGUGAGGUUGAAUGUUGGUGGCAAGAUCUUUGAAACCACAUCAACAACUUUAGCAAUUGCUGGAAGAGAAUCAUAUUUCGGUGCGAUGUUUGAUGAUAAUUGGGAACUUCAAUUGAAUUCCACAUGUGAAGAAGAACACUUUAUUGAUAGGAACCCAGAUUGUUUUUUAAUCCUUUUAGACUUGUUAAGAACAGGGGAGCUUUAUAUUCCAUCAAAUAUACCAGAAAAAUUAGUAUAUAGAGAAGCCUUAUUUUAUGGGCUCAUGGACCAUGUUCGAUCAGCCAAAUGGGGCCAAUUUGAUGGCAACCGUCUCCAGCACGCAAAGUCCGUAACGGGUCGGGCACCAGGGGAUGGCACGGCUAUUCGGGCCUCCCCUGAUGGCGGUUGUUGUGUGGCCCAUGGUAGUAUGGUCCACAUUUAUGAUUGGAUGUUUGAAGAACAUCCACCAAUUAACCUUGAUUACCAACGGGUCAACGAUGCAGGCUGGCUUGGCCCGACCGGGCUUGUGAUUAGUACUUGUGAGCGGCUCGGACGUGGUCAAGGAGGGAUGGGUUUGUUUAAUUCGACAACCGGAGAGUUAAAGUAUAAGUUUAAUGUGACACACGAAAACGUUGUUAAAAGCUAUACCGCGGGUGCCUUGUGUUUUAACGAGGGGUAUAAAUUGUUUUCGAGUUGUAAAGGUCGGAGUAAUGAGUAUGGGAUCGGUGUUUGGGACCAAAACACGGGUCAACAAGUCGAUUUCUUUUACGAGCCACCCGGGUGGUCACUUGGAGAUGCUGAUAAGCUGCAAUGGUUGAAUGGGUCAAAUUGUUUGUUGGUAGCCACUUUGUUUCCUAGAAAAGACAAUUGUUACAUUAGUUUGCUAGACUUUAGGUCAAAGUCAAUGGUUUGGUCUUGGUCUGACAUGUGGUCUACAGCCAACAGUGACGACAGACGGGUUCGAGACGCGAUUGGUAUGGAAGAAAAUAGCUCGAUAUGCGUGGUCAACGAGUUUGAGGAUUUAGGUUUUAUGGACUUGAGGCGUGACCCGGGUUCUGUUAGAUGGAGCUCAAGGAGUCGGUUAAUGAAGGGAAAAAUGCCCGAUGAGCCAUGUUACCCUAAACUAGCACUACACGAGGGGCAAUUGUUUUCGUCUAUGAACGAUUGUAUCUCGGUGUUCUGUGGAUCGGAUUGGGUUCUAACGUCGAGGCUUAGAAGGAGUUUUGGGGGAUCGAUAUGUGAUUUUUCGAUAGCGGGCGAUCGGCUUUUUGCUCUUCAUAGUGAGGAAAACGUGUUUGAUAUUUGGGAAACUCCUCCUCCACCCAUUGUGUGAUUUUGUAUGCUUAAUUUGUUGUUGGUUUUAUUUGGUAUGCUUCCAGCAUGUGUAGUUACUAGUUCUAAUCAUAGAGAAACUAAAAGACUAAAAUCAUUUUAAAUUUAA